GUCUGUUUGUGUUUUGACGUUUUUUUUUUUUUGUAGAGAACCCCUCAAACCGCCACACAAGUUCAAAACCAAGGAGACUGUCAGCGUUCAACGCCUCGGAUAAUAAAAAAAAAAAGCAACGGAAGACACAAUGGCGUCCGACUCUCCACGCAGACCAAGUCGCUGUGCUGGAGGGGUUCUGGUGCGAGCGCAAGCUGCAACGGAGCAGUCGUACAUGGAAAGUGUUGUGACCUUCCUGCAGGAUGUGGUCCCUCAGGCGUACACUGGGGCUCCGCCCACCGACGAAAAAGAGAAAAUAAUUUGGGUUCGAUUUGAGAAAGCUGACAUCAACGACACUUCCCGCAACCCAGAGUUAAUGGAGAUGCACAGUGGAACCACGGACCCUCCCCUCUGCCUCAUGAUCGGCUACACCGACGGGAUGCAGAUCUGGGGCGUAUCUUUGGCGGGAGAAGCCCAGGAGCUGUUCUCGGUGCGCCACGGUCCUGUCCGAGCCGCUCGCAUUCUCCCAGCGCCUCAUAUCAGUCCUCUGAAGAUGGACAGUUUUGCUGACAAGAGGCCCCUGCUGGGGGUUUGCAAGAGCACAGGGUCCUCCGGGACGAGCCCUCCCUACUGCUGCGCUGACCUCUACUCUCUACGCACAGGGGAGAUGGUCAAAUCCAUUCAGUUCAAGACGCCUAUCUAUGACCUCCACUGCAACAAACAUAUUCUGGUCGUGAGCCUACAGGAGAAGAUCGCGGCGUUCGACAGCUGCACCUUCACCAAGAAGUUCUUUGUUACAAGCUGCUACCCCUGCCCCGGCCCCAGCCUCAAUCCAAUAUCUCUGGGAAGCCGCUGGCUAGCCUACGCCGAGAACAAGUUGAUAAGAUGUCACCAGUCUCGUGGUGGAGCUUGUGGUGACAACGCACAGUCUUAUACAGCUACAGUGAUCAAUGCUGCCAAAACUUUAAAGACAGGCCUGACAAUGGUGGGUAAAGUGGUCACCCAGCUGGCGGGAACCAUCCCCGCAGGCACUCCGGACGAGGAGGGCACGCCUCACAGCACGAGCCGCCGCAGCCCCCACAACCCCGGCGUGGUCACCAUCAUCGACACGCACAGCGUCGGCGAAGGACAGGUUUUGGUGAGUGAGGACUCGGACGGAGAGGGAGUGGUGGCUCACUUCCCAGCUCAUGACAAACCCAUAUCCUGCAUGCAAUUCAACCCCAGUGGAAUGCUGCUGGUGACUGCCGACACUCUGGGCCACGACUUUCACGUCUUCCAGAUCCUCACCCACCCAUGGGCGUCGUCACAGAGCGCUGUUCACCAUCUGUACACCCUGCAUCGUGGGGAAACUGAGGCCAAGGUCCAGGACAUGUGUUUCAGCCAAGACAGUCGCUGGGUGGCGAUCAGCACCCUGCGCGGCACCACCCACGUCUUUCCCAUCAACCCUUACGGCGGCGCGCCUUGCGCCCGCACCCACAUGUCCCCGCGGGUCGUCAACCGGAUGUCCCGCUUUCAAAAGAGCGCCGGCCUGGAGGAGAUCGAGCAGGAGCUGAACAGGGCAGCCGCCUUAGGAGGAGUAGGAGGAGGAGUCAUAGGAGGAGGCGGCUGCAUCCUGGGUGGAGGAGGAGGCAUCGGGGGCCGCUGUAGUCCCAUACCAGGCCUGUCCAGUAGCCCCUCGGGGUCUCCACUGCACGUCAAGCUGAGCAACCAGGACUCGUACAACAACUUCACCAAUAACAACAUGGGGAACCCUCGGCUGUCCCCGCUGCCCAGCCUCACUGUGGUGCUGCCUCUGGCUCAGAUCAAACAGCCCAUGACCCUGGGAACCAUCACUAAACGCAGCGGACCCUACCUCUUUGGGGCAGGAUGUUUUGCCAUUAAAACUCCAUGCAAAGCUAAGCCGCCUCCUCAGAUCUCCCCGAGCAAGUCCAGCGGAGGAGAGUUCUGCGUGGCCGCGCUCUUCGCCUCGUCCCGCUCCUGGUUCAUCACCAACCCCAACAUGAAAAGAGAGAAAGAUCAGUCCAGACAGUCGGUUGUCGACUCGCUGUACAUCAUCAGUUGCUACGGUAACUUGGUGGAGCAUGUCCUGGAGCCUCGGCCAAUUAGUACCGCUCAAAAGAUCAGCGACGAUACACCUUUGGAGCUGAGCACCUGCCCGAGGGCCUGCUGGACUCUGGCCAGGACUCCACAGUGGAACGAGCUGCAGCCGCCCUUCAACUCCAACCACCCCUUGGUGCUGGCCUCCGACCUGGUGCAGUACCAUCAGUAUCUUCUGGCCGCGAUGCCCCCAGGAAGCCCAGGCCCAAUCACGCGUCACGAGUCAUCAGACAGCCUGGCGUCGGACCACAGCGGUCAGGACGACGAGGAGUGGCUCUCUCAGGUGGAGAUCGUGACCCACACGGGGCCCCACCGGCGCCUGUGGAUGGGCCCCCAGUUUCAGUUCAAGACCAUUCACCCUUCAGGCCAGACCACAGUCAUCUCCUCCUCAUCCUCAGUGCUUCAGUCCCAGGGCCCCGCCGACGUCCCACAACCCCUCUUGGACUUCGACACAGACGACCUGGACCUGCACAGUCUGAGGAUCCAGCCGGUGCGUUCAGAGCCAGUCAGCAUGCCCAGCUCAUCGGGGCUGGUGGCCGACCGUCGAGGACAGUCCAACAUCAUGGACGCGGGAUCAGGUUUUUCCUAAAAACAGAAGCUCCUCGCUGCAAAUGAACCAUUUCAAUUGACUUUUUUUGUUUCUCUUUUGCUUUGUUUUUUCCUCGCAAGCACGCCUUUCAUUUUCACCCCCCCCUCCUUCAUCCAUCCAUCCAUCCUUCCAUCCGUUCACCCCCCUCCCUCUCUCCCUCACUACCCAGUCAUUGUUUUAUCAUUGGUGUGAGAGAGAGAAGAAGACAGGCGGGAGGAGGAGGAGGAGGAGGAGAAGGAGGAAGAGAGGAAGAUGGCCGGCUCUCUACUUGUCUGUCUUUCUGUUUGUCUGUCUGUUCAUCUCUGUCGAGGUAUGGCUUCAGAACCAGAAGUCAUACAGAGCCCAAGUCCAUUUGUUAAUAAUAAGUAAUAACUCUAAAAGGAAAAACGUUUAUAAUCAACAAUUAAUCUCAAUGUAAAUACUGAAUAGCACAGAAAUUAUGUUUAUAUACAACUAAACUGCAACAUCAAAGACUUUAUAUAGGAAACGUAAUCACUGUCUUUUUGAGUUAAUGAAGCAACACGUUAAUUAACGGCAGCGGAGUCACAGGGAGGUGAAUAAGUCACCGGGUUAAGGUCAGUGGAAAGAUGGUUGUAUAUAUAUUAAUAACCAGGUUGUGUCUGAAGUCACUGUGAACUUUCUCCGUAUUAAACCAGGAUGUUUCUCAAACCUGAACCAGGAGCCGAGACAGUCUGAACAGAACCGGCCAUUAGAAUUCACUUUGUCGUUUCGCUGCCCUCGCUCUCUCCCCGACAACACACUCCCUCGCCCAUCCAAGCCGUGUGUGUGUGUGUGUGUGAGUGUGUGUGUGUGUGUGUGUGUGUGUGUGUGUGUGUGACGUAGGUGAGGUGUGUGUGUUCUUGUAUCUGGAGCAGAGGGAAGUGAAGCGCCAAAGUGAGUUUGUCAAACUGUACUUGGUUGUGUUUUCUCUCUUUUCACAAAUUUAAACUUGUUCCGAUAGAAAAACCUGUGAUGAAUAAAAAGUAAACAAGAACGUUUUAAUAAAUUCAUCACACUGGUGUUAAAUCACACAUUUUUGAAGUUCUUUAGAGGAGAUUUAUAAAUAUAGAGAUAUACUGUAUAUCGCGAUAUAUAAAAAUAUCACAAUAUUAUGUUUAGGUCGUAUCGUGUGGCCACUACUACUGGAUUUUUUACUGGAAAAUUUUGGUGGAAAACAAAAAUAUCUGUGAACAAUUUACUGAUAAAUUCAGUAUCAAUAAAUUAGCAACUUGCCAAAAACAUAAAUGAACGACAUUUCCUCCUUAUGACAGAAAGCUUCAUGGAGUUGCAGGUAUAUUUCCUGAAAUAACAAUAAUGUCCAGAGUUUUUCAGAGACUCAGUUCAAUAAAGUAAAGCAACACAUCAGCUGAGUUAAUCUCCCGAGCAGCAUCAUCAGCUGUUGACAGGAGGUCGUAUCGUUAAACGUGUCCUGGUGAUUCAUCGUCGCCCCGUCAGUCUUCCAGCUGCACGGCUUCGUUCACGUCAAUUAAAACCAAACCGUGUUCGAUGCUUCAGGCGAACGUCGGCCAACAUCAGUAAAACGCUCACAGACAAAAUAUCCUGCUGUUCCGAGCAGUGUCCUCUGGUAGUGACUCCAGCUUUAUUAAACUGUCGUGUGGUUCUGUUCGGACUCUCACUGCUGCUGGUUCAAGUUAGAGAGAGUCUCCAGCAGCAGUGUCGCUGUGUCACAGCACAGGAACAUCUGGAGGAAUAUGAAUCAACACUAAACAAUGCAGCUGUAUAUACUAUUUAUACGAUAUGAUAUAUUUAUGAACACGGACAGAAACUCUUGUUUUCUUCCUCCUUUUGUUAUCUCCUUCUGACAGACUCAUAUUAGAUAAGUCCCGCCUUCUUGACCUUCAGCUGCCAAUCAAUAGGACACCUAACAACCAUGUGACCAUGGCAACUGACAUGUUAGUUUGAAGUGAAACUAGUGAUUUGAUGCCGUUCUUUUUUGAUCUUUUGAACCAUCAGAAACGUCACAGAGAGAAAUGUGACAGUGAAUAAAUCAGCACAGAGACCAAGUUGAGUUUCACUCCUGAUACUUGGUGAUGUUGUAAAUGAUCUAUUAAAAUUAAAAUGUCUCUGAGUACGUUUGGCCUCCGUAAAGACACAGCUUCUACUUCCUUGGUUUGUUUGGCAGACCUAAAGACCGAAAGACCUAAAGACCGAAAGACUUAAAGACCGAAAGACUGAAAGACCUAAAGACUUAAAGACCUAAAGACUGAAAGACUUAAAGACCGAAAGACUUAAAGACCUAAAGACCGAAAGACUUAAAGACCGAAAGACUUAAAGACCGAAAGACUUAAAGACCGAAAGACCUAAAAACCUAAAAACUUAAAGACUUAAAGACCUAAAGUUGAGGUUUGAUGAAACUGAACGUGAUGACGAGCCAAACAUAAUGAAGUUUUAAAAGAGACUCUUCCAAAAGGAGCUGUUUGAUUCAGGCUGUUAUUAACUUCACAUCUCCACUAAUACGUGAAACCGACUCGUUAAAUCUACAGUACUGACCAGUCAACUAACCAAUCACAUGACUCACAGUGACGUUAAACUUUAGGAGCCGUGUUGCCCGUUCCAAUGUUUGGUCCAACAAACCAAGUAUUUACCUGCUUGUGGGAGGAGCUGUCGGCGCCGACGUGUUUCUCUGUUUGUUAUAAUAUUAUGUGAGUGAGUCCUGGGGAGGGCGAGCGACGGGGCGUUGAACCUGUCCAGGUAAGAGCAUGAUGAUGCGUCUUUAGUUCAACAGCUUGUGCUUCAAAUUAAAACACCCACAUUCAUACGAAAACAUUUCUACAUCAGUCAUUGGUGCAGUAAAAUGUAUUGUUAAUCCCAGAGGGCCCCCCCCCCCCCCCCCCCCCCCCCACCUCCUGUUUACUCCAGAAAGGGAAGCUGCGAGUGGCUCAGCUGCGAGUGUAUGGCGCUGCAGUUGUUCUACGGAGCGACUCACACAAACACACACAGCGAGCAGCGUUUGCCCUUCAGGCAAAGAGUCCAGCUCUGAUUAUACAUCCAGCUCAGGAUGGGGGGGGGGGGGGGCACUGAGGGAGGAAGUGCAGGCAAGCUUCCUUAGCCGCUCGCUCCAAAUAGUUUGUAUUAAAAUACAUAAAGUGCCAUUUUUAAGGAAAUGCACAAGCUCAGUGAGAAGAAUGUAAAUAUGUAAAUCAUCCAUCACCAUCCGCCGCUUCAUUCUGACAUCCACUAAAACCUGUGACGCUCCAGCAGCAGCGGAGUAACCUCCGUCCAGCACGAGCUCGUGAAUCACAUGGAGCCACGCCGCCGCCGUCCGUCGUGUCAUGGUUCUUAUUUCAGAUUCAGAUCAAUCAAAUGACGACGGUGUUAACGGAUCAGUGUCAGUGUCAGGUGAUUUAGAAACAUCUUACAGACGUUCCCAUUCCACACAACGCACUGCGUCAUUCAGAGUUUAUUACUGUUGAAUAUCUUUUUAUUUUUCUAGGUUCAUGUAGUUUUGUUUUUUUUUCUAUCGCAACUUGAACUAAUCAAUGAUUUAUAUUAUGAAUGCAUCAAAUGAGGAUGUGUAGAGAUUUAUCACCAAUCAGCAGCUUUACACAAGUUACUCACUGUUUCCAACCUCAGCCUUUUUAUUUUUACAAAAUACAAAAGUUUAAGAAAAAAAGAAACAGAUAAAUAAAACAAAGAACUGGUCCUGAUGAACUGAUCAAUGGUUACUGGGAAAAUCUAACUUGGGUAUUUUACGUUGUCAGAAGUGAUUUCCUCUCAGUGUGUAUGUAACGGUGCGAGUUCCCAGACACACACGUUUAAACUGGAACGUUCCAAGAUGGCCGCUCUGUGCACCGGCAGACGUAGUAAUAGACUGUUUAUUCACACUUCUGUCUUAUUCUUUAUUUGUUAAGAACCGGUGUUUUGUUAACGAGAACAACAACAAUAUGUCCCAGUUAAUGGAACGCAGCAUAAGUGUUAGCGUGGAGCCUGCUAAUCACUUAGCAUAGCAUUAAUGCUAAACCUUUAGCACGGAGCCCAGGAGCACAAAGUCAAACUCUAGAGUCUCCUGUUGUACAUAUGUGUGAAAUAAAACAACUGCACGUCUGAGGUUUGACGGUUUUCAGUAACAGACACAUUUAUCUCGUCUCUUAUAUCCAGUUAAAGUUGUUCUUUUGUGUAAUAUGUAUAAAACCAAACUUCAUUUGUAAAUGUGCUCUGUGCCAUCUGUGUUGUUUCCAGUGAAAGUUCCCAUCAAACAUUAAACGGCCUGUUUUACCUGAA